GUAGCGUUUUGGCCAUCUUGUCGCUUGCAUGAUCGUGAGCUAGCUCGCUAGCGUUAGCCAGAUACUAAGCAAUUUAUUCUAGGUUCGUCAGCAGUAUGGCUAAAGUUCAAGUGUUAAAUGUCGCGGUUCUGGAUAACCCGAGUCCAUUUGGAAACCCUUUUCAGUUUGAAAUUACAUUUGAAUGCAUGGAGGACCUACCGGAAGAUUUGGAGUGGAAGAUCAUCUAUGUCGGUUCCGCAGAGAGUGAGGAGUAUGACCAGACCCUGGACUCAGUUUUGGUGGGCCCAGUGCCUGCAGGGAGGCACAUGUUUGUUUUCCAGGCGGACGCCCCAAACACAGGCCUGAUCCCCGAGACUGACGCUGUGGGUGUGACCGUGGUUCUCAUCACCUGUACGUACCGCGGACAGGAGUUCAUCCGCAUCGGAUACUACGUCAACAACGAGUACACUGACCCAGAGCUGCGAGAGAACCCGCCCCUGAAACCCAACUACACACAGCUCCAGAGGAACAUCCUGGCCUCAAACCCACGCGUCACACGCUUCCACAUCAACUGGGAGGGCACUGCCGAAAAGAUGGAGGACUCAGAAAACGUGGACCCCGCCCCCAACACUAUGCUGCCCCAAUCCUGCUCCGCCGGCAAAGCCCCAGCUCUUGGGCUGAUGCCCGACAACUCGAUGGACUGCAUGUAGAAGUACGAUCAAACACACAAACGCACACAUACACACACCGACCUAAAAUGCUGAAAGAGGUAGGAGAUAAGCACUUCUGAUACACAUACACAUCCACGCAGUGCCCCUGUCCUCCUCGGGUUUCGGGGCUGUUUCUGCUCUGCGUCGGGAGGAUGCGGUGUCUCUCAC